GCGAGCUGUGUUUCAGACUCGUCUGCCUUCAGCCUGUGUCUCAGUGUCCUGCCGCACUCCUCACAAUGCGCGAGAUCGUCCACCUGCAGAUCGGACAGUGUGGGAAUCAGAUCGGGUCCAAGUUCUGGGAGGUGAUCAGCGAUGAGCAUGGGAUCACUGCCACGGGCACCUACCAAGGGGACAGUGACCUGCAGCUGGAAAGACUCAAUGUCUACUUCAAUGAGGCACAUGGCGGCAAGUAUGUCCCUAGAGCCCUGCUGGUGGACCUCGAACCCGGGACCAUGGACAGUGUGAGGAGCAGCCGGAUAGGACAGCUCUUCAGACCAGACAACUUCAUCCAUGGGAACUCUGGCGCCGGGAACAACUGGGCCAAGGGGCACUACACGGAGGGGGCGGAGCUGGUGGAGAGCGUGAUGGACGUGGUGCGGAAUGAGUGCGAGAGCUGCGACUGCCUGCAGGGCUUCCAGCUCGUGCACUCGCUGGGUGGCGGCACGGGCUCGGGCAUGGGCACGCUGCUCGUCAACAAGAUCCGGGAGGAGUACCCCGACCGCAUCAUGAACAGCUUCAGCGUGAUGCCCUCGCCCAAGGUGUCCGACACGGUGGUGGAGCCCUACAACGCCAUCCUGUCCAUCCACCAGCUGAUAGAGAACACGGAUGAGACCUUCUGCAUCGACAACGAGGCGCUGUACGACAUCUGCUUCCGCACGCUCAAGCUCAUGACGCCCACCUACGGCGACCUGAACCACCUGGUGUCGCUGACCAUGAGCGGCGUCACCACCUCCCUGCGCUUCCCCGGGCAGCUGAACGCCGACCUGCGCAAGCUGGCGGUCAACAUGGUGCCCUUCCCCCGCCUGCACUUCUUCAUGCCCGGCUUCGCCCCGCUGACGGCCCGGGGCAGCCAGCAGUACCGCGCCCUGACCGUGCCCGAGCUCACCCAGCAGAUGUUCGACGCCCGCAACAUGAUGACGGCCUGCGACCCCCGCCGGGGGCGCUACCUCACGGUGGCGGGCAUUUUCCGCGGCCGGAUGUCCACCAGGGAGGUGGACGAGCAGAUGCUGGCCAUGCAGCAGCAGAACAGCAGCUACUUCGUGGAGUGGAUCCCGCACAACGUCAAGGUGGCCGUCUGCGACAUCCCGCCCCGUGGCCUCAAGAUGGCCUCCACCUUCAUCGGCAACAGCACGGCCAUCCAGGAGGUGUUCCGCCGCAUCUCGGAGCAGUUCUCCCUCAUGUUCCGGCGCAAGGCCUUCCUGCACUGGUACACCGGAGAGGGCAUGGACGAGAUGGAGUUCACCGAGGCCGAGUGCAACACCAACGACCUGGUGUCUGAGUACCAGCAGUACCAGGACGCCACGGCAGACCUCGACUGGGAGGGGGAGGAAGAGGAGGAGGAGGGGGAGGAAGAGGGUGGACAGGGGCUAGCACAGACGGAGGUGGAGGACAUAUAGGGGACUGAAUAAACAAGAGACCGGGACCAACAGGAAUAUUGCUAUAUUGUAUAUUCAGUGGGAGUUUUAUCCAAUAGGACUUAUGUCAGGGAUUUGGUGUUGGGGAUGGGAAUGCAGGAUGGAGUCGCAAAGUUUUGAGCCACUUUAGGUAACACAGGGAGUCACACUGAGGGUGGAGUUGGGAGGGCAGAGGUGAUGAAUGAGCUGGUGCAGAAUGUCAGCCACCACUGUGUCUUCUGUGUUUGUUUUUAUUUAUUUCCAUCUGCUCCCCAAUCUCCUGGAACCUAGAAUUUAAUUAACGCCUUUCUCUGCUUCAUCACUGGCAUUUAAGAGUUCCUUUGCAGUCAGAUGUUAAUUGCUCUUCGGUACAUCAGCUGAAAUGAAUGCCAGCAGACACAAGAGCCCUGCUGGCUUGGUGCUGGUACCCCAACGCCACAGUGUUUCGAACUUUAAGCCCAGAAAUAAGCAACCCCCACCUGGGGGGGGUAUUCUGCCUGCUCGGCUUGCUCCUUGACUAUUUAUUACAGCAAGUUUUGCUUUGUGUUUGGCUGUCUGUGUGAAUUAGCACUUGGCGAGUCUCUAUGUGCUUGUGUCCUUGCCAGUGAGUUUCCAGCCCCCGAGCUCCUCAACCCCUGUCCUUUAAUUGGUGGCUUCGUUAGUCUUGACUUACUCACUAAUUGGUUCAAUUAGGUAUCAGAGUGCUAGAAUGUGCUUCCAAUCAGAAAACCCUGUAGCUCUUAGUGACCCUAGUCUACACCAAGUAGGCUGGUGUGGGAUAACAUCAUAUGUUACAUUAUGUAAUAUGUUACGUGGAAAUAUGCAAAGUUUUCUAGGGAAGUCACCCACCUGCUGUGUGUAGAUUGUACUCUGGGAGAGAGGAUAACUGAUCCAAGCAGGGUAGCACAGCAGCUGCCCUAGACUGACAGAAAGUGCUAGGUUUAAAUGUCAGUAGGCAGUACCAUUGAAGAGCAAUAUAAUAAGAAUAGAUACAAAGAUCUUUUCGUAUCUAAGCUACAUAGAUCCAAAAAGCAUUUCUUACACUGAAUUCUCCUUAAUAACUUUGAGCCUGUAGCUAUGUUUCAAACAAUUGUAUAUACACCUGUAUAAUAAACUUACAAUGUGUUGUUUAGCACAAAGGAAGUAGUAAUUAUACAUCAUUAAAAAGGUGCUCAUUCGCUUUUGGAUUAAA